CAGAGAUCUUCAAAAGAGAGUGUGUGAUCUUCCAGAAACCAGUCUACUGCUUUGUUCAUCUGAGCAUUCAGGAGUUUCUGGCUGCUGUCUACAUGUUCCACUGUCACACCAACAGGAAGACAGAGGUGGUAGAAGGUUUUCUAGGGAAUUUCCGAGAAGAAUACCAAAACAGAUCUUUUUUUAAGAACAAGUUCAAGUCUUAGAGCUUCACAUCACUGGAUGUCUUUUUGACUAAAGCCAUGGAGAAAUCCCUCCAGAGUAAAAAUGGCCACCUGGACCUGUUUGUUCGCUUCCUUCAUGGCCUUUGUCUGGAGUCCAACCAGAGACUCUUAGUAGGUCUGCUGGGUCAGACAGACAUCAGUCCAGAAACCAUCCAGAGAGUCAUCAACAACCUGAAGAUGAUGAACAGUUAUGAAGUCUCUCCUGACAGAAGCAUCAACAUCUUCCACUGUCUGAUGGAGAUGAACCACCUCUCAUUAUUUCAGGAGAUCCAAGAGUUCCUGAAGUCAGAGAACAGAUCAGAGAAGAAACUCUCCGAGAACCAGUGCUCAGCUCUGGCCUUCAUGCUGCAGAUGUCAGAGGAGGUUCUAGAUGAGUUUGACCUGCUGAAGUACAACACAUCAGAGCGGGGACGACAGAGACUGAUUCCAGCUGUGAGGAACUGCAGAAAGGCUCGACUGACUCGGUGUCGACUCUCAGAGUCUCACUGUGAAGUUGUGGCCUCAGCUCUGAAGUCCAACCCCUCCCAUCUGACAGAGCUGGACAUGAGUUGGAACAAGCUGAAGGAUUCAGCAGUGAAGCUUCUGUGUGCUGGACUGGAGAGUCCAAACUGUCAACUGGAGACUCUGAGGUGAGUUCACUGACUGCGGCUGUUGUUGUUUUUCUAUAUUUCAGGUCUUUGAUUGAUGUUUGAAACUUUCUUUAGUUCCUAAAUGUUCAGGAUGUGUCUGAAGACAAAUGUGAAGAAGUUUGAGUGCUUUCAGAAAUGUUGUGUCUUUCCAAACGACUGAACAACAGUUUUUCCUUUUGGCUCCAAACAGAAGUGACAGACUUGAGCAGGGUUCAUUUAAAGGCUGACAGAAUUGGAGUGGUGACGGGGAGAUGUUUGACAGGACAGUGUUUCAGCCUCCACAGGUUCAUGUUGUGCUCCAUCAGUCAGUGAAGAUGAAGUCAGUGCUGAUGAGGCUGUAGAGUGUGUGAGGGAUGUGAAUGAGGAUGAUGAAGAUCUGAUGAUAGCAGAUAAAAACAGGCUGCAGAGACUUUGAGCCAUACAGGGCACACAGUGUGUGUACAGAACAGCUGAAAUCAUUAUGGCGGCCUCACUGGAAUAUGGAAGCAUCACAGUACAGCUUCACUAAAGUCUCUGAUAUGAGAUGAGAAAUGAAGCAGCCAGAGCUUUUUCAUGAGUGGAAAUCCACUGUGACUGUGAGCUGCUGCUACAGCCUCCAGAUUAGCCAGCAGCUCAUCCUGCUCAACAUUUUCUCACCAACUUUAAUGGAAGUGUGAUGUUUUCAGCUGGAGUGAUGGUCAGGGUGGCCUCCCUCUCCUCUUCUUCUCCUCUUCCUCUUUCAUUUGUGAAGCCACUUCUGCUGCUUUCAUUCAUUUGGAAGUCCUGUAGCAGAGUUUGGGAGAGACUAACAGCCUCGGCAGCAGAGGGGAGAAAGGCUGUAACACCACCACUUUACUCUGUUCUACCUGUCACAUCAUUUUAUCAGGAAACAAAUAUGUUUUUACUAUGUUUGUCUUGAAGAUGUAAGAAGAUCACAUGGUGCUUUUUAUUAUUGUGUUGGUUUGUUUCCUGUCUCUUGGAUGGAGCCCAGCUGUGCGUGGCCCCUGGGCCUGUGGUCAGAGUGUGUGCUGGAUAAUCCGGCCCAGGAUGAAGCCAA